AUGCCGCAACGCCCGGCAAGUGUAUUCGAGUGGAUCGCUGGCCCUGCUCCGACGAAAGCUGCAUAUAGAUCUGUUGGCAUGGUCAGCUCCAAGGUUGCCAUGGCCGAUUCCAAGGUUGCCGUAGGAAGUCCAACGCGUAUUCGCCGCCGUGUUCAAAUCGAAGUCGAAGUUUCUGAUUUUGGUGCCUCUUCCGCCAGUUCUUCCGAAGAAGAACCUCCUCCGAAGCCAGCAACCAAGAAAGCCGAAAAGCCCAAAGUUAAGGAAUCAGAAUCGAAAAAACCUCAAGCCGCCAAGGAAGUCGACAAGAAAGUCAAAUUUCAAGAACCAACUUCCAAAGAGCCAAGUUCCAAAGAGCCAAGUCCCAAACUUAAGUCUGCAUUGAAGAAGACCACCUUGGACAUUUCAGCAAGACCUCGCCCAUGCGAAUGCUUAGAAUGUAAAGCUCGGCAGAAACCGAAGAAUAAAAGCAGCGCGGAAGAUUCAAGCGAUUCCAGCGAGGACAGUGAAUUUGAAGUUGCACUGACCAAUAAACCAUUUGAACCAUUUAAACCAUUGAAGAAAAAACAACAAUCGAGCAACAACAACCAAACCCAACAACCACGAAUCUUGAAGCUCAAGCAAAAUCGGAAUUCUCAAACAAACCAACUUCAACGGGAUUUUAGUGCGCAUGAACGCGGCAAUCAUCAGAAACCCAGGUUCAAUAAUCGCCAAUACAAUCAAGAGAGCUCAGACGAGUCCAAUCAAUCUGAGAUUGCAGUUGUUCAACAAAAUCGAAACCCACCGCGCUAUCUGAAUCAUAUGAUGGAGGGAAGGAUCCUUCAAGAAAUGAGAGCUGAAGUUAUACUUCGCGAAGAUGUGAUUGAAACGGCGUCUGAUCCUCGUCCAAACGCAUUUCUUGACACGAGAAGUGGUGUUCUUCGAGUGUACCAUGGUCGGGUGUAUGGUAAUCCUUUUGCGACACUUCUCACGCCAGCUGCAGUGCCAAUUGGUACCUUUGCUCCAACCCCAGCCCAUUUUGGUGUCUCGCCUCCGAUGUAUAAUAUGUCUGGGGGCAACGGGCCUGGUCCUCAUGAUCAACACCAAUUUCAACCAGAAUUACCCCGCAAUUUUUCGAAUAAUACUGUCAGACAUACCCCCAAUCAGAAUUCGCAGCGCAAUUUUUCUAGUAACCAUACUAACCGGGCUCCUUCCAACAAUCGGCACCAGCAGCAGGGGAGCAGCGGCAAUACCAACAACCAGCAUGUGCCAGGUGGUUGGGUCGAUGAUACAAACAACAAAGAAGGCUCCGGUUCGGGAGGCAACAACAAUAAUUCGGGCUCUGGUUGGAACGAUAACGAAGACCAUACCAAUAAUAACCAGAAUUCGGGUGACUGGGGAAAUAACGAACCAAACAAUAAUCAAGCCUCGGGUGGCUCGGGAAACAAUGGUCAGAACCGCAGCCAACGGGCCGCUUCUGUUAGCAGUCACAAAACACAGACAUCCAACAAGCAGAAAAACAACAAGAAUAGCGAAAUGGGUCAAGCGAACCAGAGUAAUCAGUCUAACAACAACAACUCCGGCAAUGCAUGGGGCGUAGAUAAUAAUGAUCAAUCUGGCAACUCAAACAGCUGGGGUGCCAACAAUGAUACAGGCGGGGAUUCUGGCUGGGGAAACGAUGCGAAGCAAGAUGUUGAUGCCACAGCGAAUAAUGACUCUUGGGAAAAUGAUAACAGCAACUCGAAUGACAAACCCAAUAAUCAGAACUCUGGCUGGGGAGGAGACAAUCAGGAGUCGAACAAUCAAAACUCAGGUUGGGGUAACGAUAACAAUCAAGAAUCAAAUGAUAACUCGAACAACCAGAAUUCUAGUUGGGACAAUGAUAAUAACCAGGAGUCAAACGAUAAGUCGAAUAAUCAAGACUCCAGCUGGGGCAAUAAUAAUAACCAGAACUCGAAUGAGAAUUCCAAUAAUCAGGGCUCGGGCUGGGGCAACGAUAAUAACCAAAACUCGAAUGAUAACUCGAACAACCAAAAUUGGGACUGGGGCAAUGACAAUAACCAAGACUCUAAUGAUAACUCCAACAACCAAAAUUCUGGUUGGGGAGCAGAUAACCAGGAUUCCAACAACUCAAAUAACAAGCCUUCAAGCUGGGGCAACAAUGAUGAUAACGGCCAAUCAAACUCCAAAGAACAGUCAAACAAUGAGAAGUCCGGCGGUUGGGGAGUUGGUUCAGGCGAUCAAAACAAUAAUACAUCCGGAGGCUGGAGAGGUUCGAACGAGAAACAAGGCAAUGCCAAUUCGGGAGGAUGGGGAAAUCCUAACAAUCAACGAAACAAUGGCAAAUCCGGCUCUCGCACAGCUUCACAAAAUAAUACCAGGUCAAACAACAACUCAAAAAAGCCACAAAACAACAAGUCAAGAAAUGAUCAAAACUCCAAAAGCUACGAUGAUCCUGAGUGGACCGCCCACAACGAUAACCAAGAGGAGGACCAGCAAGACAACAGUAAUGACUGGGGACCAACUAAUACAAGCUAUAAUGUCGUACAAAGUGCCAAGGGCAAAGGCUGGAACAACAAGAAAACUCAAAAUCAAAGCAAUAGUGGCAAAAAAGGAAGCUCCAAUAAAGGAAGUCAAUGGGGAGGCGAUGGUCAUAACUCCGGCGAGGGAGGAGAUCAUGAUGAAGAUGUAGAAGAAGGAAACCCACAGUUUAGGGAUCAUACACCUACUAGUAGUGAGAUAUUGAGGAAUUGGGAUAGUACGAAUCAGGGUGGUUACGCAGGAUUUGGAAAUGUGAAUAAUGGAAAGUAUAAUGGUGGUGGAAAGAAAAAGAAUCAUGCGAGAACGCCUACUGCUUUGAGUCUGGCAGGAAGUUGGGCAUCUUCGGAACCUAGUGAUAAUGAAUACACUGGUCGAGGUCGCAAGAGUAAUAAGGGGGGUAAAGGGGGAAGGAAUAAGGCGAGUAAAUCGAGUAAUACGGGGUAUGACAAUAAUGCAAGCGGUAGUAGUGGAUGGAAUGUUACCGGCACUGGUGGUGGGUGGUAG